AUGGCGGACAAAGAGGACACUGAGAAUUCUCCUGCUCAGGAUUUAGUCGUCACCAAAUAUAAAAUGGUGGGAGACAUGGUCAACAGUAUCUUGAAGCUUGUAAUCAAUGAAUGCAAAGCUGGUAAAUCUGUCAUUCAAAUUUGUGAAUUUGGUGACAAAAUGUUACUUGAAGAAACUUCCAAAGUUUUCAAAAAAGAUAAAGAAAUGAAAAAAGGUCUUGCUUUUCCCACCUGCAUAUCUGUUAACAACUGUGUAUGUCAUUUCUCACCUUUGAAAAGUGAACCGGAAACUUUACUAAAAGAUGGUGAUGUUGUUAAAAUAGAUUUGGGAGCCCACAUAGAUGGUUUCAUUGCUGUUGUGGCACACACAUUAGUAGUUGGGGCUACAGCUGAAAACAAAGUAAAAGGCCGAAAAGCAGAUGUCUGUCUUGCUGCCCAGUAUGCUGCAGAAGCUGCUCUCCGUCUUGUCAAACCUGGAAAUGAUAACUAUACUGUAACUGAUGCCAUCCAGAAAAUUGCAGAAUCCUAUAAAUGCAAACCUGUGGAAGGAAUGUUGUCUCAUCAACUGAAAAAGCAUGUAAUUGAUGGUGAGAAGGCUAUCAUCCUUAAUCCCACAGAUGCUCAAAGAAAAGACCAUGAUAAAUGUGAGUUUGAAGUACAUGAAGUCUAUGGUCUUGAUGUCUUGGUUAGCACUGGAGAGGGAAAGGGUAAAGAGUUUGAUACAAGGACAACCAUUUACAAAAAGAAAGAUAUAAUAUACCAGUUGAAGAUGAGGAUUUCUCGACAAUUCCUCAGUGAGGUUGAACGAAAAUAUGGAUUAAUGCCUUUCACAUUGCGGUUAUUUGAGGAUGAGAAAAAAGCUAAGAUGGGAGUUGUUGAAUGUGUCAAGCAUGAAUUAAUGCAGCCUUAUAACGUCCUUUAUGAGAAAGAAGGAGAGUAUGUUGCCCAAUUUAAAUUUACAAUUAUUUUAAUGCCAAAUGGACCACUGAAAAUCACCAGCCCGCCUUUUGAGAAUUCUAUUUAUCAAUCCGAAUACUCGGUAACUGAUGAAAAAUUAAAGGCCCUCCUGGCUACUUCAGCUGACCGGAAAAAUGUGAAAAAGAAGAAGAAAAAAGCUGAUCGAAUGAUGGCAGAGAAUGCUGAUGCCAUCCAACAGAAAGGUGAAGGGAAGGUCCAUUGA